CAUGAUUUCUUUUAAUUAUUAAAGCUUUUUAAUGAAUAUCAAAGGCUUAUCUGUUUAACUACUUACCAUGACCUGCCAAAAAUCAUCAUCAAUUUUUUGCACCAUCAGCUGGAUCUGCUGAUAUAAAGGACACAGAAAAUGUGUGAAAUUCGAACACAGGGACUGAAAUAUGACUUUGAUAUAGCAAAAAUAUUGAGAUAGAAAAAUUGACAAAAGCAGAUUUUUUUAUUGGGUGUAUUGGCGUCACCCUGAGGUUCGUCGGUUUGUCGGUCCAUUGCAAUUUACCUUGUCUGGAGCAUAACUUAAAAACUACUGGAUGGAAUUAGAUUAAACUUCAUACAAUGGUAGAGCAUAAUGAGAGGAAGUGCAGUGUACAAAAACCAUAACUCUUUUCUUGCUUAUUACUGAGUUAUUGCCCUUUGUUACUUUUUUUGUCCGGAGUAUAACUUGAAAAAUACUGGAUGGAAUUCAUUGGAACUUCAUACAAUGAUUGUUGUAAUGGAGACUGUAGUUCGACUGUGCAACCAUAGACUUCUAAGAGCUGUACAGACGAGAGUGAAGAAGCUGUUUACAAGACGUUACCUUCUGUACACCAAUACGGCCAUAUCUUUCACAAUGUCUUGUGCAGGUGAUGGUCUUCAGCAACGCUACCAGCUGUUAAAAGGUGAGAUGGACAGCUGGGACUGGGAGAGGACGCAUGAUGUCGGCCUAACGGGGCUUGUGAUUGGACCUUUCUGUCACUCGUGGUAUCUGUUCCUCGACUGGUGGCUACCUGGCAGGUCAUUCAGAAUUGUGACAAAAAAGCUUAUAGUUGACCAGGUUAUCUGUUCACCUGUGUGCAUAUCUUCGUUUCUUGUGCUGACGUCAUUCUUGGAAGGAAAAAGAAGACAUGAGAUAAAAGAUGAGUUGAUUGAAAAAGGGAAGACUUUGUACACAGCAGAGUGGAUAGUUUGGCCACCGGCGCAAGUUAUAAACUUCUGUUUCCUACCAACAAAAUAUAGAGUUCUGUUUGAUAACUCAGUGUCAUUUGGAUUUGAUUGGUAUUUUUCAUAUGUUAAAUACGGAAAGAAAACAAAUGAUACUUCAAACAGUGUUGAACUUGAAAGUGACAUUUCAGAAGAUGUUGAAAUUCAAACCGAACCUAAGGCUGACAAGUCACGACUGAGGACUAGCGCUUCCCAUGUCCCUUUCUUACACAUGCAGGCUGCGGACAUCGUGCAGAUGAAACAGGAUACAUUUCAUGUCUACUCCAAAAGGUGGAAAAAGCGAUUUGAAAAAAGAAUUACCCGUAGCAGUGAUGAGGCUGAAACUGACAGCGAAGAAUUAUUGGAUUAAAUUAUUAAAUUUGAUGAAUAUAUUUGUCUGUGAUAAAGUUUGUUGUUGUAUUUUUAAUGGAAGAUACUAGGUCAGAUAAUUGUGGUUAAGAUUUCAAAAAAAUAUUUUCUAUAAAGGCAAUCGAAAUAUAUUUGUAUGUGCUCCAGUAAAACAUAUAAACCACAGGGGUAAGGCAGUUAUUUAAAUAGUAUAUGGGUGGGUGUUUUUUUGGCUAAUCUGGACCCCAAAAGAGUAAAUUUGCUUCUGUUGAGGGAAGUGCCUGCCCCCGUGGGUUAUAUGAUUAAAUGGAAUAGCCCUUAGAAUACAACCUACAUUUUCAGCUUAGUAUUUAAAAAACAAACAACUUUGCGCGUGUUUAAAGGUCCACCUACUACCACUUAUCGGAUACACACUCCCAGUGUCAGAUUUUGCAUUGACAAUUUGUCAGCCAAUGAGGCUGUAUUCUCAGUCAGUUUAAUCCCCAGAAGUAAAAUCUUAAUGAUCAAGAAGGGCUCAUUCACUACGUUCACCCGUCCCAUUCUUUAUCAUUACGAUUUUACCUAUGUUAUCUAUCUAUAACUUUAUAUAUUUGACAGUAAACACUAAGCCAUGACGAUAUAGUUUGACAAUUGUAGAUCUUUUUUAUUCUGAACAAUAUUGCCAAAUUAAAUCGAACCAAAAUGCCUUCUGUAAACGGAAAAUGAUUAUGAGUACAUGUAAAUUUAUAUGAUUUAAGAUAAAUUAGGCAGUGCAUUAUGAAGGUGCCUUAUUGUUGACUUGUUGAUGAAUAUGAUUUUACCCGUUUAAUUUAAGUCAAAAUAAAUGUCUCUUACCAA